AAUGCUAGGCAUAAAGCUAGAGUGAGCUGAACAGUUCCUCCCAGUGUCACCAUCAUCCUCUUGGACAUCAGAGAGGGAGAUACAGAAGCAGUCUUGUGGAAACUAAGAAGUACAAGAUCUCUCGGAACUUUGGUGUGGUCUUCUUUCAAAUUGGAAGCAACGGAUUCUCUGCCUUCUUUCCGUUAAAUUCUCCACGAUGUCUUGUGACUCUCUUGCAACAAUCUGCUCAGGCACAGACUGCCUCAUUCCUCCCAGUAACUAUAAUGAAAUUCUGAGCCUGGUGAUGAGCGUUGUGCUCACGACGAUGCUCUCCAUGGUCAUGUUCGCCAUGGGCUGCACCGUCGACGCCAAAAAGCUGUUGGGCCACAUCAGGAGACCCUGGGGGAUUGUCAUCGGCUUCCUCUGUCAGUUUGGUAUCAUGCCGUUCACAGCCUUUGCCCUGUCGUUGGCCUUUGGUGUGCUGCCUGUUCAGGCUAUUGCCAUCAUCAUUAUGGGCUGCUGUCCUGGAGGAACCGGCUCCAACAUCAUCUGCUACUGGUUGGAUGGAGACAUGGACCUCAGUAUCAGUAUGACAGCCUGUUCCUCUAUCCUGGCCUUGGGGAUGAUGCCUCUCUGUCUGCUCAUUUACACCUCCAUCUGGACCUCCACCAGCACCAUCCAGAUCCCAUACGACAGCAUCGGUAUCACUCUUGUUGCCCUUCUCGUCCCGAUUGCUCUGGGGAUGUACGUGAAACGCAGGUGGCCCAAAGCGGCUAAAAAGAUCCUCAAGAUCGGAUCCAUUGCUGGCUUUCUGCUCAUCAUCAUCAUCGCUGUGAUUGGAGGGAUUCUCUACCAGUCCUCCUGGACCAUCGCACCAUCCCUGUGGAUCAUUGGGACUAUUUAUCCCUUCAUUGGGUUUGGUCUGGGGUUCUUCAUGGCCCGCUUUGCAGGUCAACCCUGGUUCAGAUGUCGAACCAUUGCACUUGAGACGGGUUUCCAGAACUCUCAGCUGUGUAGCACCAUCAUCCAGCUAUCCUUCAGUGCCUCUGAGUUGGAGGUCAUGUUUGCAUUCCCCCUCAUCUACAGCAUCUUCCAGCUUGUGGUGGCUGUCAUGUCUGUGGGAGGCUACCAGGCAUACCUAAAAUUUCUUGCUAAACAUUCAGGCGACACAGACAGCGAGGCUCCUUCCCUGGAGGCGGGUGGCGAUGAACCAGAAAAGAGAAAGGACGGAGCUUUGGACAAUCAUGCCUUUGAGUUAAAUGAGAAUACUGGCAGUGAAGAGAAGGGUAAGGGUUUUAAGACCAACAGCAACACCAAGCUGUGAAGUUAUAAACCUACAAAGUACAGACUUUGGACUGGCAGGAAGAAGCAUCAAGGGCCACAGCACUACUGAUUACAACAGCCUCCCUCAGUUGUGAACACACACUGCACUCUGCAGGCCGGAGGUGUGCACUACACGUCCUGUUCUCCACGUGGGAAGAAAAUGUUCUAUCACAAGGAUGCUGCAUGUGUGGCAUCAACAAAACAUUUACAUCACAAGAACCACUGUAUUGUAUUUUGUGAUUCUGUUUUAGGGUAUGAGCUCUUCCUUUCUCUGUACCACGUUUAACCUGAGUCAUAUUUUUACUUAUGUUGGAAACCUUUAGGCACCUUGGAGUUUGAAUUGCUGCUUCCCAGUGGAGCAAAUGUGACCAGUCAAAAUAUGUCCCCUAAAAGUCCUUGUUUUUGUCACUGACAGGCUCAGAUUGCUAUCAUACCACACUCAAACUAGAGUUCAUGCCUGUCAGUGGCAAACCAUGAACUUUCAGAAGAUGUGUGCUGCACUUCCUCUCAGGAACUGUGCAGCAGCCACAGACCAUUUUGCAGCCGCUUCAACCUUCCUUCUUUUAGUGCCCAUAUUUUUAGGGUCUAACAACCUAUAAAUGAUAUGGAACUCCAAAAAAAUGUGGCUAGGUUUUAAAAUAUUGGAAUUAUCCUUUGAACAUGACCUGCUUCUCUCUGCAUCCUGUUUUGCCUCUUCCUCUCGUUUACUUGCGUUGGAUUUUGCUCGUCUUUAUACAUCAAAUUGAACAUUUAAUGCUGUUUAUGUGGAUUUACCAACAGAUAUGUAGCACACUGUAGUUCUCUCUGUUUAGAGUAUACAUUAGUCAUAUGCAGGGGCGGUCUGUAAUGCGUUAUGGAUUUAUAAAACAUAUAUUUUUUAUCUUUAACUUAUAUUCUGAUGUACUAGAGCGACUCUGGCACUCGAGCCCUGAUCAAACUCCUGCUGUGUGUGUUCUCUACACGUUCAGCUCUUCUUUACCUCAUGUGUGCUUUAGUGGAUAGAGUAGGAGUCUUAAAAAUGUCAAUAAAUAAAAUAAGUCUUUAAAUAAAAAAGCACUAAUAGACUUUUUUGGCUCAUAAAUGCUUACUUUUUAAACAUCUGCAGUAAAAAAGAAACGGAUAUACGGUUAUAAUCCCAGAUUAUUUAUGAUACUUUUUCACACUUUAUAACUAAUUUAUUAUUCCUCAGUCUUGUGCAGAACUAAACUCUUUAUUAAAUUUAGAUGACUUAAAGUCUAUUGAGAGCUUCUUUCACUAUGUUUAUUAACUAAAUAGGAAAACCCUGUUUUACAUGUUGAAAUAAAGUAACUUUAUCCAAAGCCUUUUACUUUUUUUGCUGUCAGGUGUGUUGAUGAUUUGUAUUUUGAUAUGAAUUUGAGGGUCAGGAUUCAGCCCAAUAAACAUGCAUAUUUGG